AUGGAGACCAUUUGCAUCUGCAGUCCAAUUUCAAGUUCCCACAAUGGUGUCGGUAUUUUUAGAUCAAAGAGAAAUCUGCCACCAGCUGAUUACUUGUUUAAAAUCCAAUCGUAUUCCUUACUAAUGAACAAAAAGUAUGAGUCUGGUGUUUUUCAAGCUGGUGAAUACAAAUGGAAAUUGGUACUCCAUCCGGGUGAUAAUUCGAGAAGCGAUAACAAUGGUUACGUAUCUUUGUUUUUGAAAAUUGUAGAAACAGAGAAGCUUCCUCAUGAUUGGAAGGUUAAUGUAAACUUUAAAUUGUUCGUGGUUGAUCAGAAACAUGCCAAUUAUUUAACCAUUCAAGAUGCUGGUGAUGCUGUGAGAACAUUUAGUGAAAAGAAAACAAAAUGGGGUUUUGAGCAAUUAAUUUCAUUGAGGGAUUUUAAAAAUUCAUCUAAUGGAUAUCUUGUUAAAGAUUUUUGUGAGUUUGGAGCUGAAAUUUUCGUGAUUAACCAUUCUAAUCAAUCAGAAAGUCUUUAUAUGAUCAAAAAUCCAACUAAAGAUUCUUUCAGUUGGACUCUUGAGAACUUCUCAACGUUGAAUGGCCUCUCUGGCUACGACUCAGGAACCAUAGCUGUUGGCGAGAGAGACUGGAGUUUAAGGGUUUAUCCUAGAGGAUGUGAUAAUGAGAGUAGAGAUAAAUAUCUAUCUUUAUAUCUAGAGCUAAAAAAUUGUGCAGCAAACAAAACUGUGUUUGCAAAUUACACUUUAAAAAUUUUAGAUCAACUUCAUAAUAAAUAUCAUUAUGAAACAGGAAGUGCUUGGUUUCGUCCUUCAGGUGCUGCAAGCAACAUGAUUGGAGCUACUGCAAACAAGAUAAUUGGAGUAUCAGCUGCGGCAAGAAAUUUGGUUAAAGCAUCAGCAAGCAAGUGGUUUGGAACCUCAGUUGUGGAAAGCGAUUUGGUUAAAGGCUCAGUAAACAUGUUGUAUGGAGCUACAGCUGCAGCCGACAAGUAUAUCGGGGCUUCAGCUACAGUUAACAAUUGGAUUGGGUCAGAUAAUAUUAAGGGAUUUACAAAGCUCAUAUCUCUAAGUGAACUCAACAAAAAAGCAAAUGGAUAUGUAAAAAAUAAUUCCAUAAUUAUGGAGGUCGAUAUCCAUGUUACAAGAAUUAGGACUUCCAAACUAAAAUAA